AUGGUACAUCUAGGAAGCAAGCCAUUUCGAGGCAAGAGGGAACAAGAGGCAUACGACCGAACGUAUGCUGGGAGAUACCAGAAGUUGUUGCGUAAGAACCACUUUUUAUACUUUGGGUUGCCGUUCAUUCUUUCGAUCGUAGCGGGCUCAUUGUACUUGCAGAAGUUCACGGCAGUGAAGUGGGAAAAGUACGACGAGAGAUACAGACAGGUGGGUGAAGAGGAGAUGUUGUCGAUGAUCGAGAACAAGAGGCCAGUGGACAAGAAAAAUGAUUACUAUAGGUUACAGGGACUCCUUCAUGACCACGAGAACGAGGUAAGCUCGAACGAGGAUUACGAAAUCGUGAGGGUGAAGAGAAAGAAGGAGGAUGAGCCAGUGUGGUGA